UUGGAGGAAAUGCUUUUAUUUCUAUGUUAAUGUUUUAUAAUUUGGGGGAAAUUUGGAGGAAAGAUGCUAACAGAGUAAAAUCUGAGGCAUAAACGCUUUAGGGGAACCCAGAUCAACGUGGAGCAUUAAAAUGGAUUUUUGUUGCUACAGGAGGUGAAACAGCAAUUUUUUACAAACACGACAUGAUGAAUGAACCAAAAUAUUCACAGAGCUGUGAAUCCCAGAGAUUUCUGCAGUGUUUGCUUUUUGUCACACUUACAUUUUUCCGAUCAUGGAGGAAACUUCAGUGUCAGACAGAAACAACCUGGAUAAAGUUGUACAUCAUGGCCCUGAUGUAGAAACUCAGAAACAGAUGAGAAACAGAAUCACUGACAUCCUAACCUAACACUAUCAGUCUGGAGUGGGUUACAAAGCCAUUUCUCCAGAGACCACAUGCAGAAAACAUGGAACAGAGGUGAACCAUCCCAGGAGGGGUCGGCCUACCAAAACUAUUCCAAAGGAACAUCAACAACUCAUCCAGGAGGUCACAGAGAAACCCAGAACAUCUAAAGCUCUGCAGGCCUCACUGCCAGGGCAACAACCACUGCUGGCUCACGAGAAUACAAAAGUCUGUCAUAUUUUCUCCAAAGAAAUCCUGAUGAUCCACAAGACUUCUCGGGAAAUGUUCUGUGGACUGAUGAGACCACCGUGGAACUUUUUGGAAGAUGUGUGUCGUGUUGCAUCAGAUGUAAAACUAACAGCAUUUCAGAACAAGAACAUCCAGUCAAACAUGGUGGUGGUACUGUGAUGGUCUGGUGCUGCUUUGCUACUUCAGGACCUGGACCGUGUACCAUAACUAAUGGAACCAGAAAAUCAGCUCUUCACCAGAAAAUCCAGGAGGAGAAUGUCCGAUCAUCAGUUUGUGAGUUAAAGCACACUUGGGUUCUGCAGCAGGCCAACGAUCCAAAGACCCCCAACAUGUCCACCUCGGAAGGGUUCAAAAAAUACAAAGAUUUUUGGAGUGGCCUAGUCAAUGUAUGGACUUAAGUCUGAUUGAGAUUCUGUAGCACGACCCUCAACAGACUCUCUAUUCUGGAAACCCUUCCCAAUGUGGCUCCAACGGAAAAUAAUUCUGCAAAGCAGAGUGGGCUGAAUUCCUCCACAGUAAAAGCCCUGUUUAUAAAUUAUUACAAACACCUGAAGGCAGCUGUUGUUGCAGAGGGUGGAACAACCAGAUGUUAGGUCUAGGAAGUAAUCACAGUUUAAGAUCGGGCCAGGUUGGUUUGGAGAGCCUUAUUUCCCACCUUUACCGGAAAUCAUCACCUGAAACCUUUUGUUUUUACCCGGGGUUUCUUUCUCUGACAUUAAAAUCUGUGUGAAGGAAAGGAAAAUCAGAAGAAAUCUGCGACUGAGCCAAAAUCAUGUUCACUGUAGAAAGUAUUAGAACCAGAACCAGUAACAGAUCCAGGAGAAAGACCAGUAACAGUUGCAGGUCCCUUGCUCCCUCCGAAGUUCCCUUCGUAGGGCUUCUUUGCAGUUUUCUUCCAACUUCUCAGAUGUCGGACAGUCAGAGGCUCAUGUUGCCUUCCUCCUCCUCCUCCUCAUCCUCCUCCCUCUGCUGUUCGGAAACGGGAUGUGAGGUAAAACACAGAAACAGUUUUUUGUCUUCGGAACUGAUCUGAUUUUUCUGGAUCUGAGCUGCGAGCAAACCCAGAAGGAGCCUGAAACAGAUCAAAUCAGGAGUUUCUAGGAAGCGUUGCGGGAGUUAAAGUGACGGAUCGACUCCUCCACCAUGAUCCUGUAAGCUCUGCGCCGGAGAGAACCCUUACCGAACGGAACCGAGCCGAACCGGGCGGAGAAGCUCUGAAGCUGCUGUGUUGGAUCCGGAGAGAAACUGCGGAAAACAGACAUGUAGCGUGUAUGUUGGUGUGACCGUUGGACCAUCAUGCACCUCUUCCUGCUGCUGAUCCUUCAGCUUCCAGCAGCCAACGGACAGAUUGAUCCAGAACAUUGUCGCUAUGCGUUGGGCAUGGAAGAUGGACGGAUCAGUGAUGAGGACCUGACAGCUUCCAGUCAGUGGUACGAGACCACCGGACCACAGUACGCAAGGUUGAACUGUGAGGGAGGAGAUGGCGCCUGGUGUCCUGAAGGACAGCUGGAGCCUUCAGACUCUCAGUACCUGCAGAUUGACCUGCGAAGACUCGCCUUCCUGACGCUGUUCGGGACUCAGGGAAGAUACGCCAGAGGUCUGGGGAAGGAGUUUGCUCGAGAGUACCGUCUAAACUACAGCCGAGACGGACAGCUGUGGAAGUCCUGGAAGGACCGGCUCGGAAAGGAGGUCCUGGAAGGCAACAAAAAUACCUACGGCGUUUUCUCCAACGACCUGAAGCCUCCGAUCAUCGCGCGUUACGUCCGCGUCAUCCCCGUCACCAGACUGUCCACCACCGUGUGCAUGAGGGUGGAGCUGUACGGCUGUCCCUGGGAAGAUGGUCUGGUCUCCUACAGCGCUCCAGAGGGACAGCUCAUGAUGCUGCCCAGUUAUCCCUACAUCAGUCUGAACGACUCCACGUAUGACGGAGUCCACGACAAAAGGAAGCUGUCAGGAGGCCUGGGUCAGUUGACGGACGGUGUGACGGGUCAGGACAACUUCCUAAAGACCCGCCAGUACAAGGUGUGGCUGGGAUACGACUACCUGGGCUGGAGGAAUGAUACGCCAGGAACGCGGGGAUACGUGGAGAUGGAGUUUGUGUUCGACCGACUGAGAAACUUCACGUCCAUGAAGGUUCACAGUAACAACAUGUUCAGCCGCGGUGUGAAGAUCUUCUCCUCCGUUUCCUGUUGGUUUAAGCCUUACCUCACUGCAAGCUGGGAGCCAGAGCCAGUUUCCUUCUCCACCAUUUUGGACGACAGGAACCCAAGCGCCCGUUAUGUCACGGUUCCUCUGAACCACCGGACUGCCAGAUCCAUCCGCUGCCGCUUCUACUAUGCAGAUGUCUGGAUGAUGUUCAGUGAAGUCUCCUUUCAGUCAGACAUCAUACUUCCAACACAAAGGCCAAUGAUGGGGUCUUCUCCUCCAGAAAGUUGGCACAGCACCAUGACAACUGCACCACAGACCAAUAAUACAACAGCUGCUCCAUCAGCCAGCAGCACAUCAGAUGAAGGGAACACGCCCAUUUUGAUUGGCUGCCUGGUGACCAUCAUCCUCCUUUUGGUCAUCAUCAUCUUCCUCAUCCUGUGGUGCCAGUGCGUCUGUAAGGUGCUGGAGAAGGCUCCCCGUCAGAUCCUGGACGAGGAGGUGACGGUUCGGCUGUCUUCCUGCAGUGACACCAUAAUCCUGCAGACCCCCCCAGUGCCUCCACGAUCAAGGCAUCCUCCUACAGGCCCCACCAACACUGAUCCCUACUAUGAGAGAGUGUUCCUGCUGGACCCACAGUACCAGAACCCGGCCAUGCUGAGAAACAAGCUGCCGGAGCUGUCGCAGAGCGCCGAGGCUUCAGCACUCUUCCUCGGUAACCCUCUCUAUGACCUCCUCCUGCUGACUUCCUGUCACCAGACGCCAGGAUGGCUUCGUGCCUGUGGAGGAGGCUACGCUGAGCCAGACAUCACCCAGUGCACGCCGCACCAGUCGUUCAACAACAACGCGCCGCACUACGCAGAGACGGACAUCGUUCGGCUGCAAGGCGUCACCGGCAGCAACAUGUACGCCGUCCCAGCCCUGACUGUGGACUCCCUCACCAGGAAGGACAUCUCUGCUGCUGAGUUCCCACGCCAUCAGCUCAUCUUCAGGGAGAAGCUGGGGGAGGGGCAGUUUGGAGAGGUCCAUCUGUGUGAGGCGGAGAGACUCCCAGAAUUCCUCGGGGAAGGCUCUCCCCUUCCUAACAGAGACGGACGCUCAGUGCUGGUGGCGGUCAAACAGCUGAGGGCCGACGCCACGAGUCAGGCCAGGAACGACUUCCUGAAAGAAAUUAAGAUUAUGUCCCGUCUGGACGACCCCAACAUCAUCCGGUUGCUGUGUGUGUGCGUGUCGUCCGACCCGCUGUGCAUGGUGACCGAGUACAUGGAGAACGGAGACCUGAACAUGUUCCUGUCUCAGCGGGAGAUCGAGAGCACGCUGACGCACGCCAACAACAUCCCCUCCGUCAGUCUGUCGGACCUCCUCCACAUGGCGGUGCAGAUCUCCUCUGGGAUGAAGUACUUGGCGUCUCUGAACUUCGUGCACCGUGACCUGGCCACCAGGAACUGCCUGCUGGACCGCCGUCUCACCAUCAAGAUUGCAGACUUUGGGAUGAGCAGAAACCUGUACAGCAGCGACUACUACCGGAUCCAGGGCCGGGCUGUGCUGCCGAUCCGAUGGAUGGCCUGGGAGAGCAUCCUGCUGGGUAAGUUCACCACUGCGAGCGAUGUGUGGGCCUUCGGAGUGACUCUGUGGGAGAUCUUCACUCUGUGCAAGGAGCAGCCCUACAGUCUGCUGUCAGACGAACAGGUCAUCGAGAACUCCGGCGAGUUCUUCCGGAACCAGGGCCGACAGAUCUUCCUGUAUGCUCCUCCUCUAUGCCCGCCAUCUCUCUUUGAGUUGAUGAUGCGCUGCUGGAGCCGCAACAUCACGGACCGACCCACCUUUGAGGGACUUUACCAAGCCCUGAGGCCCCACGUUAACCAGUGAGCGCUCUGGUUCCAGGGCUGCUGGGACUCCUGUAAGGUGACAAACAUGAAUAUGAUGGGCCAGAAAUACACUGCGGGAACUGGUGGAGAAUCCCGGCCAUCUGAGGUCUGAUCUGAGAGACGAGGUGGAGGGACAAGAAGCCUUUAUCAGAGCUUCAUUCAGAGCUUCAGUCUCUUCAAGGCCCAGAACGUUUUGUCUGGUUUGUUUUGCACCAGAUGUUGCCUGCAACCUAAUUUUCUUCCCGUCUUUGGCUUCCUUGGAGGCCAGAAACUGGACAGACUUUCAGUCCUGAUAGUUUUUCUGUCUGUGUGGUUGUAUUUGUUGUUGUAAAGCACUGUCUGUGUCUCAGUUAUUCAUGUUCUUAGAUAAUAACCCACACUGGAGCUAAAGUCUAAGUGUAGCGUAGACUUUUUUGUUUUUAAGGUUUUGUUGUAACAUGUUUUGACAUUUGUUUGGUUGUUUACACAGAAGAGAGUCCUGUUAAAGUUUAGGUUCCCGUCUUCGUGCCGUAAUCUUGUAACAAACCAAAUCUGUGCAACUUCUGCUACCAAAGAGAAUUAAAGUGUCUAAAUAAAUAUAACACCUACUUUUAUUAUGCUCAGAUACAAUACAGCUCAAAUAAUUACAAUCAUGAAAAAGUAUUAAAAAAUGUUGCCCUUCCUUUUAGAAAAUUAAACUCAUAUUUAAUAUAGAAUUAUCACACAUAGAAUGAAAUACUUCAAGCCUUUAUUUGUUGUAAUUUUGAUGAUUAUGGCUUACAGAUAAUGAAAACCCAAAAUUCUGUGUCGGAAAUUUUAAAUUUUGCGUAAAAGCUAAAUAUUGGAUCUUGUGGUGUCACACCCUAAUCAGCUAAUUAAAACCCCUGGAAACCCCUGAGCCUCUAGAUGGUCUCCCUCUGGGUCAGUAGGAGACACCAUCAUGGGGAAGACUGGACAGAUGUCCAGAAGACAGUUAUUGCCAUCCUCCACAAGUAGGGUAAGCCUCAAACGGUCAUUGCUGAAGAAGCUUGUUGUUCAUUAAGUGCUGUGUUCAACCAUAUUUAUAGAAAAUUGAGUGGAAGAAAAAAGUAAAAAGGAUGAAAUGGUGCGCCAGGAACAGGUGCACCAGCCUUGACAGGAUUGUCAAGUAAAAUCCCUUCAAGAAUUUAGAAGAGCUUCACAAGGAGUAGACCGAGUCUGGUCAUUAUGACCCACCACACACGGACGAAUCCUACAUACGGGCUACAUUUUAGAGAACUUCCUGCUUCCUUCUGCUGACAAGCUUUAUGGAGAUGCUGAUUUCAUUUUCCAGCAGGGCUUGGUACCGACCCACACUGCCAAAGGUACCAAAAGCUGGGUUAGUAACCAUGGUGUUAAUGUGCUUGACUGCCCAGAAAACUGGCCUGACCUGAACCCCACAGAGAACCUAUGGAGUAUUGUUAAGAGGAAGAUGAGACACACCAGACCCAACAAGGCAGAUGACCUGAAGGCCCCUGUCAAACCAGCCUCGACUUCCAGAACACCUCAGCAGAACCGCAGGUUGAUCUCCUCCAUGCCACGCCGCAAUGAUGCAGAGAUUCAUGCAAAAGGAGCCCCAACCAAGUAUUAAGUCCAUAGAAAUGAACAUUCUUCUCAGACGCCUGACAUUUCUGUUUAAAAUUUCAGUGUCUUUUGAUCUGAUGUAAUAUUCUAAUUUUCUGAGACACUGAAUUUUUAGUUUUCAUUCUCUGUAAACCAGAGUCAUAAAAAUGACAAGAAAAGGCUUGAAAUAUUUUACUCUGUGAUGAAUCUAAAUAAUACGAGAUUUGCUUUCUGAAAUGAGGGACAUAAACUAUUGAACUUUAUCACGAUAUUCAAAUUGUUUUUGAUGUUCUUGUACUUUGCGGAUUAAACAGAAUGUCUAACGCAAAAAGGAAAUCCAAAGGUAGAGUUUAACCUGUCUGUGAACUUUAAAGUUAAAACGGUAAAAUAUCUAUAUUAAAGUUCCUAUUUUUAACUAAAACUGUAGUUUAAUUUCUAAAAAAAAAUAGUUAUAUCUUUUUGUGUUUCAGCAUUGCUAGAAUAAACACAUUUCUGCUGCAAAGGCAUGAAGAAGAAAUUUAACACUCAAAAAGCAAACAGAGAAGAAGGACGCAAUAAAGUGGUGCCAGCUCCACCUACAGGUUGCGGAGAAACUUCGGGAGUAGUCAAGUUUUGGUGUUUCUUACUGAUGAACCUGGUUCUGUCCUGUUUUGUAGUAGUCCAUCUCAUUCUGUCCUGAUACACAUGAAACAAUAUGACUAUAAUAACUAUAAUAACAAUGCUGGAGUUUUAUUGCCUUAGGCCCUGCCUGAACAACAGUUAUCUUACAUUUGUAAUCCAUAUCUUUACCCAUAAUUAAUCCCCUCUCUGGCCAGCAGAGCAGGGACGAAAUCUUGAAUAAGUUCCCAGGCUGGAGAUGCCAGUUUCCUCCAUCUAGUCAAACACAUAAAAAUUUGGACUAUUGUGCCCUUAAAUUAGCAAAAUGUUUGGAAAAGACUCCCGGAAAGCAAGAUGUCAGUAAUCAUGCAGGUUCAGCAGGUAGCUGUAAUGUAGCAGGAAUUAAUGUCAUUAUCAAUAAUUAACAGAACAAAUAUAUAUAAAUCGGAAUCAUUUUAACCUGAAUUUCCCUCAGACGUGGCCAAAGGUUAAUGGCAUAACAUAAUUAACUAAACAGCUGGAAAAACAGCCAAGAGCAUGCAAAUUAAGUUCAUUCAAUUAUUAACAUUUAAAGAGACAAAGUAAAUUCAGGAUUGGACAAUCCUUGCAGCAAGAACAAACACUGAUGUGGAUGUUUUAGAAAUUAGGUAGAGAAGUUGGAAAGAUGCUGAAAAGUUGUUUGUUUCUCCAGAGCAAGUAAUUGUUAUUUAAAAUGUUACUAAAUUAUGAAUAGAUAUUUUAGCGGAUUGCUAUGUGCAACUCGACCACUAGAUGGCAGUAAGUGUUAACCACUGUUCCUUUAAACUCCCUAAUAUUUAAUUUUUUCCACGGUUGUUAUUUUUUCACCUCAGAUGUUUGUCUAGUAGCCUAACUGCAGGAUUUAGAUUGAGAUCCAGAGAUGUCAUCCAAACCGGUCAACAAGUCAUUCCUCCACUGUGCCAUAAAAACAGGGUAUGAGUAGUUUUCAGUUAUUUAUUGUCCAGUUCAUGUUGUCCUUUUCUGUAAAGUUUAUUUUAUUACAAAUGUUCUGUGUUUUAAAUCUUCCUUCUGAGCAAAACCUAAAGAGGAAAAGAGUAAACGAGUUGUUUUUGUGAAGAUUUGUUGGUGUUUCAGGCUUGUUUUGUCAUCAGUACUGAAUCAUGCACUUCUGGUCAAAAGGAAAUAAGGUUAUACAUUGGUGGUUUUAACAUUCCUAGCACUGGGAGAGUAUUGGGAUUAAUGUGGUUUAUGGAUGUUGCUCUGUUGUGCCAGAUUAUGUUGUUUGGAAAGGAAAUCAAAAGAAGGAAAUCACUGAACUCAAUCUCCCAGAGUCCUUUGCUACAGUGAGCCUGUGCGUCAUGUUCUGUGUCUUGUGUGGGGUAUUUGGGAUCCAUAUUAUCGUAUGUGAAUGCAAAUGAAGUGUGAUUAUUUUGAUUUUUAACUGGUAAUCCAUCAGAAUUUAUGGAAAAGAUUUCAGAUUAUUUUAAAUGUUGGAAGGUGUUGGAUUGUGUUGCUCUUUCCUUUCUGCAGAAGGUCAAGCCGUUUGUUUUCCAGCUGUGUUCCCUUUAGUUUACCACCCACACUGUGAGAUCUUCAGUGGGUUUCAGUCUUUUUAGCUGAUUUAUGUUAAUAUAUUGGGAUGUGAGAACAUAGGUUUCUGUAUUUCCAGGAAAGUUUUUCUCUUAACUUUUUAUUGUCUUGGUUUGCUCUUCUUGCAAUAAACAAAGUUGUUAAACUGA